GUUUACUUUACUGUGUACGGCUCAUCCUGACCUACCAGUGACUUAUUACUUCCACUUACUUUCCUACUAACCUUCUACGGGGCCGCACCGGGCGGGCAAUGGAGUCAGUUCCCGAGUCGGCACGAUCAUCACCACCAUGAAUUCAUCAUCAUUUUACUUACUACUCGUUUCCUGGUGCCCCCUCCCUCCCCGAGACACGGUCAAUCGGCACCAGGAAUGGGAAGUUAAAAAACGGAUCGUCUGACAGCACCGACCAUGGCCACCUACGACAUGCGACGAUGAUGUCAAUUUAAUUCCGUAGACUGAAGAAAACAUCGAAAGAAGAGAAAGUAAAUCGUAGGGAGAGAGUAGACUAUCUAUCUAGCUGAAUUGUUUCUGACCCUGCAUGGCCGGAAAUGGUAUCAUCCAAGUCCUUGGAACUCGCCCCUUGCGUUCCCGUUUGGCUCAGCUCGUGGUUCCAAGAUCGGGUAGGACGGCCCUGGCUCUGCGCUCUGUGGCACAGGGAAACCAGUCAUUCCAGCGCUUCACAAUCGGAGUAUUUCGCAGCAAGUAAAGAGACACGCUGAUUCAAUCUGUGUACACAGUAGUGUGAUAGUGUAUCGAGUAGUUGGUUCGUAGUGUAUGUAUGUCUCGUCUGUAGCGGGCCUUGGUUUCCUCAGAUCAUGUCCCUUUCAUCCCUCUCUGGUGGGCAGAAGAAAAGAAGAAGGGCAACGAUCAUUUCUUUUCUGCAAGGGAACUACUGAAACUAUGAAGUCCGAUGUCAUCGCAGUGCGCCAGGUGCUUACACAGAAGGAAUAUGCCAAUGAUUUACACAUAGAGGGUCUGAUAGUGUAUGUGUGUAUGUGUAUGUGUAUGUGUCUCUGGCUUGUCCCUUUCUUUCUGUCUCGUUCUACCCUUUAAUUUACAAUUUUUUUUGUUUCUUUUCUGUUGGUCUCGGCCAGACAAUGCCGAUUGACUUACCAACAAGCAAAUAGCAUGAUUGGGAUGGGUUAUUACUAUUACUCUCAUCAAUCGCGAGGGUCAAAAGGCGACGACGAAAAAUCGCGCAUAGUAAAG